GCUGCCCUCCAGCCCGCUCCCAAGGGGCAGCCCCUCCCAGCCAAUCACACAGCUCAGGCCCCCCCUAUAUAAGGCCGGGGCUGCAGGACCUUCCUCUGGGUCAGUGUCGCCUCCAGGAUACAGACAGCCCCUUCCAGCACCGCCCAGCCAGGCCCCCCACACCCCCCCACCAUGCCGUUCGGUAACACCCACAACAAGCACAAGCUGAACUUCAAGGCUGAGGAGGAAUACCCAGACCUCAGCAAGCACAACAACCACAUGGCCAAGGCGCUGACCCUCGAGAUUUACAAGAAGCUGCGGGACAAGGAGACGCCAUCUGGCUUCACUCUGGAUGAUGUCAUCCAGACAGGUGUGGACAACCCAGGUCACCCCUUCAUCAUGACCGUGGGCUGUGUGGCUGGUGAUGAGGAGUCCUAUACGGUUUUCAAGGACCUCUUUGACCCCAUCAUCCAGGACCGGCACGGGGGCUUCAAACCCACCGACAAGCACAAGACUGACCUCAACCAUGAGAACCUCAAGGGUGGAGACGAUCUGGACCCCCACUACGUGCUCAGCAGCCGUGUCCGCACGGGCCGCAGCAUCAAGGGCUACGCACUGCCUCCUCACUGCUCCCGCGGCGAGCGCCGGGCCGUGGAGAAACUCUCCGUGGAAGCCCUCAACAGCCUGACGGGCGAGUUCAAGGGGAAAUACUACCCUCUGAAGAGCAUGACGGAGCAGGAGCAGCAGCAGCUCAUCGACGACCACUUCCUGUUCGACAAGCCCGUGUCCCCGCUGCUGCUGGCUUCGGGAAUGGCCCGAGACUGGCCCGAUGCCCGCGGCAUCUGGCACAAUGACAACAAGAGCUUCCUGGUGUGGGUGAACGAGGAGGACCACCUCCGAGUCAUCUCCAUGGAGAAGGGGGGUAACAUGAAGGAGGUUUUCCGCCGCUUCUGCGUGGGGCUGCAGAAGAUUGAGGAGAUAUUCAAGAAAGCCGGCCACCCGUUCAUGUGGAACGAGCACCUGGGCUACGUGCUCACCUGCCCAUCUAACCUGGGCACCGGGCUGCGUGGAGGCGUGCAUGUCAAGUUGGCGCACUUGAGCAAGCAUCCCAAGUUCGAGGAGAUCCUCACUCGCCUGCGCCUGCAGAAGCGAGGCACAGGUGGUGUGGACACGGCUGCCGUGGGCUCAGUGUUCGACGUGUCCAACGCCGACCGGCUGGGCUCGUCCGAGGUAGAACAGGUGCAGCUGGUGGUGGAUGGUGUGAAGCUCAUGGUGGAGAUGGAGAAGAAGCUGGAGAAGGGCCAGUCCAUCGACGACAUGAUCCCCGCCCAGAAGUAGGCGCACAGCCAGCCCGCCGCCGACUGCUGGAGCCCCAUCCUAAGGGAGGACCCAGCCCACCGGAGGCCCGCCCCUUCCUCCUGGAGCCCAGCCUAUAAACGUUUGGUCCACCUGGGGCUCUAUCCAUCCUUCUAGUUCCAGUUCCAACCAGAGUUCCAACCAAUGGGCUCCAGUCUCUGGGUUCUGGCCAAUGAAAAACCUCCCUUACGGUCUCCUUUUUUUUUCUCAAAGCUCCGCCCACCAUCAGGAGCUCUGGCUAACGGAGCUCACCUGGAGCUGUUGCUUUUUCUCCACUCAAAGCAACAAAUAAAAGUAAUGGUGGCCUUA